AUGUGCGAAUGGAAAGACGUAGAAACUCUUCCAUUAUCAGCAAAUCAAAAAGAGAUUAUAAAGGGGAUCAUGCAGGAGUACACCCCUAUGUUGUCUACAAAGGAAGACACUUUGAGAUGGUGUGGUUCAAAAUUGGGGCAGUACUCAAUGAAGAUUGGUUACAGCAUUCUUGACAAAACGGAAGAAAGAAAGGAAUGGCCAAUAAAACUUAUGUGGAGUUCCCCAAUUCUACCAAAAGCAAGAGUCUUCACAUGGCUAGCUCUGAAAAAGCGCAUACUGACAUGGGAAAGAUUGCGCAGAUUGGGCUUCUUGGGCCCUUUAAGAUGCAUAAUGUGCAAAAAGGUGGAGGAAUCCCUGGAUCAUUUGCUUCUACAAUGCGAGGAAGCGCAAACGGUAUGGAGCUUCCUUUUAGGGAAGCUAGGAUGGAUGGCUCCUCUACCUAAUACAAUCCUUGACCUUUUCUCCAGUUGGAAUAUACCGAGCCGUAGAUCAGUCUUUUCUAGUCUAUGGCUAGUGGCGUCAUCCCUUGUAGUAUGGGAGAUUUGGAAGGAAAGAAACAAAAAGAUAUUCCAAGAAAAAGAAGACUCAACGGAGAGUUUGCUAUUAAGAGUUCAAAGAGCGAUAGCGGAAUCAGUCUCAGCGGCAGCCAGAAACCAUAAUCUAGCAAAACAUCCCUAUACUAGUGAGGACAGAAUCAUUCAAGCCAAUUGGCCACUUGUGAAUUGCCAACCCGUUAAUGGGUCCCUGAGGGUUAACCCCCCUUUAGAAAAAGAAGAGGUUAAAUGGGAUCCGCCAACUAAGGAGUGGAUAAAAAUAAACUUUGAUGGAGUAUCUAGAGGAAACCCAGGAACCUUAGAAGUGGGAGUAGUCGCGAGAGAUGAUAAAGGGGUCAUCCUUUUCAAGGGUGCAUGA